AUGCAGGGCAGUUAUAUGACAAGAGACCAAAGGCUGAAACUCGCAGAUCAGCUUCGCAAAACUCAUUUCGUUCUUGGGGGAGACGGACCCAAUUAUAAAUCUACGUCUCAUGCAAAUUUCUUAGACAGCAAGGGCUUUAAUACAUCAAAACAAGACCCAGAACUGAGAAAAAAUAUUCGCAAAUCCCAUUUUGAUUUAGGAACAGGCAGCGCUCCAUUGCUAUCGAAAACUGAGUCUAUGACAAGGUUUCAAAACUUCAAAUCCUCUGGAGUUCAAGCCCAAGCAGAGGUAAAAGGCGAUUUAAGAAAGCAUCACUUUGAGCUUGGAUCUGAUUCGGCUGAUUACAAUACAACGUCCUCGAAAUCUUUUGUACCUAGUGAAAGGCCAGCCACUUGCUUGGUAGAAGGAAUGGAUGUCGAUCGAUCUCUCAGGCAGCACCACUUCAUCUUUGGGCAAGAUCCUCUCAGCCUUGAAUCAAUUGCGAAAUCUACUUACGGGCCCAAGACAGUUCAGAGAGCAAGUGAGUCUGACUUGCUAAAGAUUAAAAAAGAUCUGACUCCCCAUUCGUGAUGGAACCAAAAAUAUUUUUUUCGCUAAAGGAAAGGUGGUAAAUUUUUUUAAAAUAUAAAUAUCAAUAUAAAUUUUAUAUUGAAAUACUUUUUCAAAUUUAAAAAAAAUCCAAAUUGGAAAGUAUAGAAAUUUCCCAUAGAUGGCGCUGUUUGCCCUUGAUUUGCCCACUGGGGAAAUUUUUUGGUUCGACCAGUCCCAUAUGGUUUGGUCAAACCAAAAAAUUUUUCUCAUGGGCAAAUCAAGGGCAAACAGCGCCAUCUAUGGGAAAUUUCUAUAAAUAUUAAUGUAAUCUGUAAAAUAUAUGUUUUAUAAUGCAAGCUGUUUAAAAUUACAGAAUUAUCUAGAGAUUUCAUUUUACUAACUAUGACUAUAUACCAAAAUAUUGUUUUCAUAAUAAAAAUCUCUCGUUUGCUCACAGAGGGUGGGCUUUUGGGCAAAAAAUUAGGAUUUUUUCAAUGGUUUUGUUCGCUCACAAAGAGGGGAGUAAGAGCUUCUCACUUUCAAGUAGGUAACACCCCUGUGACAUAUACAAGCACAAACAAACAAGAUUUCGGGCCAAAAGAAAACUCAAAAGCCAUAGGUUUUAAAGAGCUUUCCAAGGACCUAAGAAAGCAGCACUUCCAACUUGGUAACGUAAAAGGAGAUAUGGCUUCCAUGACCCAGACGAAUUUCAAUAAUAAAGGAAACAGCAAAGAACAGCUGAAUUAUGAAAAGCUUGGUGACUUAAGGGCAUCACAUUUUUUGUUUGGAAGUGACAAGCCAAAUUAUGACGCUGAGUCAACUUCUUACAAAAACUUCCACUCAUCGUCUGUUGAAACUCCAAAAUCUAGUUCAGUCGCACUGAGAAAAACCCACUUUUUGCUGGGGACAGAAAAGAAGCCUUGGUCUACCGCUUAUAGUGAAAAUCAUGAAGGAAAAAAUUUAUCAGAAACCCAAAAAGCAAGGGAUCAUGCAUCUGACUGGUCUUCCCAUAUAGUUUUUGGCUCUAAUCCACCUGCCAACAAAAGUGAAGCCCAAGAUUCAUUUCGGCCAAUGACUGAAAAUUCUGAACAAAGAGGCCUUGACCAUAACUUGAAAACUUACCUUAGAGGCCAUCAUUUUGUAUUAGGAGUUGGAGGAGACAGCUAUAAAACUACUUCAAGUCAAAUUGGCAAAGGAAAAGGUAAAAAGAGUGAGCUUGAUAAAAAAAGCCUAGAUGACCUAAGAGCAACCCACUUUCAAUAUGGAGCGGAAUCGCCUUUAUUUAAUUCGACUCAGAGGACAGAUUUUAAGAACUCUCUUGGGGAAGUUUCAAAAGCCGACCCCAACUUAAUUAAAAACCUUAGAAAAAACCACUUCGAUGUAGGUAAUGGCAAAGUGAACUGGGACACGACUCAUCGAACUGCAUUCGAGUGGAUUCAGCCAGUGCCUGAAACUGAUUUCCAUUAUUCUAUUGAAUAG